CAGGAACUAGUUCUAAGCUUGACCGGUGGCAUUGUCUUGGAGCUUCAUGCGGCUGACAUCUCCAAGAUCACCCAGCGCAUCGCCGAUUAUAUCAAGUUCAUGGUUGUAGUGCCACCUGGCGUGACUCAGGGCAGCCUUGCCCAGCUGAAAGUGGCCACCUUGGUGAAUCCACUUAACAUUAUGAAUGAUACGAUAAAAGGAGCUGUGAAAGAUCUAACGAAGUCUAAGAUUUGUGCGGCGUUCACAAUGUCCGCGUUAAAGUCCACGUCAGCAAAAGGAAAUAUCGACAACCCCGGAGAUCCUGCAGACCUCGUGUCACCUGUCAAACAGAAGGAGGUAUGCACGCUGCCCGGAGCGAAGCAGGACAAACAGGCCAUGUCAAUGUACAUUCCUGGUGCACCCUUCUACAGUUUUGAUACCAAUAAUACUAUGUUCGAAAAGGUGCGUCUCAUGUUGACUCAAUACACCGCCCUGUGUCUCACUGCCGUCAGCGUGCUGGAUGACAAUUGCCCGAAUUUCAACAUGCUCAAGAUCAUGAAAAAGGUGUUCGACAAGAAUUUCAAGUGA